GAUAUCACUCUGCAGGAGAACUCGGUCUUUCGCCGCAACAAGCGGCUCGUGGUCUUUGACAUGGACUCGACCCUGAUCCAGCAGGAGGUCAUUGACGAGAUUGCCAAGCAUGCCGGUGUUGUCGAGCAAGUUUCGCGCAUCACCGAAUCGGCCAUGAAUGGAGAGAUCGAUUUCAAGGAAUCCCUUCGGCAGCGAGUCGCCUUGCUCAAGGGCAUUCCCUCCAACGUCUUUGAGCACAUCAAAACCGUCAUUACCUUCACUCCUGGUGCCCACCGGCUCUGCAAGGCCCUCAAGCGCUUGGGGUUCAAGCUUGCCGUGAUCUCUGGCGGAUUCAUGCCGCUCGCUACCUACGUCAAGAACGAGCUUGGCCUGGACUAUGCCUUUGCCAACCAGCUCAAGAUCUCUGAAGACGGAACUCAGCUGACGGGAGAGACCUUUGGCCCUGUCGUUGACGGUGCAAGAAAGGCCGAUCUGCUGCUCACGCUGGCACAGGCCAACGGACUGAUCAACGCACAGGUGAUUGCUGUCGGCGACGGUGCCAACGAUCUGCUCAUGAUGGCCGAGGCUGGUCUCGGUGUUGCCUUCAAUGCAAAGCCCAGGGUCCAGGCUCAGGCCCAGGCCCGAAUCAACCAGACGAGCCUUGAGAACGUGCUUUACUUCCUCGGCUACAACGACGCCGAGAUUGCCGCGCUCGUG